CCCACUCUAGCUUGCGUGACCCCUCUACACCGAGCAUAUAUCUCACCAUCUAAAGAUAUCGAGUGGUUGGGUCUCUCUGAAGAUAUUGGAAAGUGUCAGGUGUGCAAGCUAAUAGAUAGUUGGUUCAUUGAUAGACAGAUAAGUCAAUUAAUUAACUGACUAUCUUAUAGUUUACUGUUAGCUAUUAUGAUGACUCGAGGAACCCUGGCUCGUCAGACUGAGGAGCAACUCCGUCUGACACUUCAGGAACUUAAGGAGUGUAAAAAUCAAAAUGAAAUAUUGCUUUCUGAACGCGAGGAUCAUGAAAAAGAAAUGUUAAAUAUUAUUAAAAGAAAUAGCGACUUAAAAAUUGAAUUGAAUAAGUUAAACAUAAAUUAUGAGGAAUUGUGUCAAAAGAAUAUUCAAUUACAAAAUAUGGUGGACAGCUUCGACCAGUAUAGGGAUGAGUAUGAGGAGGCCCUGAGCAACACUACCAUGUGGAAGAGGAAACUCGAUGAAGCCCAUACACAGAUUAAGUCGCUUGAAACCGAAAUUCAUGAACACAAAUCCUCACAAACACAAAACUUGUUCCAAGAAAUGUUUGGGAGGGAUCCUAGUAUUAUAGAGAAAGAUGUCACAAACAAUAAGAAUACUUUAUUACCAAUAAUAGAUUUAACGGGUGAUGACAGCAUACCUUCCUACACAUUUCAAAGCAAAAAUAAACUAAAAAAAUAUAUAAAAAUUAUUAAAUGCAUUAAAAAAACCAGAAAA